UACGUAAUAAAUGCAUGUGCCUGUAUUGUCCAGAUUACGUUGCUGAGAUUUAUACUACAUUGACAACAACACCAAGGGCAGAACUYAAAACAUUGGUUCAGGAAUUAAAAGCAUCUACCCCUGAGCCAUUYCACAGUAUGUUGGACAAGGAAUCAAAGGAAGAUGCAACUAAAAAGUACCUUGCAAGAAAACAACAAGAAACAGAAAUUUGUCCUCCAACUUGCUCAAAUGAAGAAUUGCAAAGACUGCUACAGCAGGCAACACAAACUGCUGAAACACAAAACCCAAGGCGACGAAGACAACCAAUUUGCAAAAAAUGUGAAGGCCCAGUAAAAGGACAUAAAAUAGUGAACAGAAUAAGAAUGUGUCCACCCAAAGAAAAUUGAUUAUGUAACUGUACAAAGAGCCAAGCUGUCUGUGACAACCCAGUCUCAUUUCUUUUAUUGUAAAAAAUAGAUAUUUCAAUUGUAAAAUAUGGUUUUCAUUUUUUGACAGAGCUUCCACAUUUGUUUAUGUUUAUCAGAUGAAAAUAUUUAGUAGAAAAUUACGAAUAAUUGCAUGAUCCCUAUAUCAUGUAGAAAGUAACCGCAUUGUUGACAAAUUCCUAGUGGUACAAUCAGUUCAGUUUCAAACAGUAAAUAUUUAUAUUACUAAACAUUGGACAUUUGAUAUUGUUAUACUGUAUAGAGUGGUUUUCAUCAGAUUGUAAAACAAUACUACAAGUCAGUGUUUAG